AUGAUGGAUGAGCCUAUCUUAGAUGCCAUUUGUGAGAGACUAAGACAAAAGACAUACAUCAAAGGAAGUAGAAUUUUGAGCCAGGGUGGUCUAAUAGAGAAGAUGGUCUUUAUUGUACGUGGAAAAUUGGAGAGCAUUGGAGAAGAUGGAAUUGGACUUCCCUUAUCUGAAGGGGAUGCUUGUGGUGAAGAACUUCUGACAUGGUAUCUUGAACAUUCUUCUGUUAGCACAGAUGGUAAAAAAGUAAGGCUUCCGGGACAGAGAUUGCUCAGCAACAGAACCGUAAAGUGCUUAACAAAUGUGGAGGUUUUUUCACUCCGAGCUGCAGAUCUUGAAGAAGUCACAAGCCUUUUCACGAGAUUCUUAAGAAGUCUACGUGUUCAAGGAUCCCUAAGGUAUGAGUCACCUUAUUGGAGAUCCCUUCCCUUGCAGCAACCCGAAUUCAGGUUGCAUGGAGAUACAGGAAGAAGCGUCUAA